UUCUAUUUUUGUUUACGAGUUUUCUUCUUUCUCUUGGUGCCAACCGUACACCAUUGUAUGUAGCGGUCUGUUGUUGUUGGUGGUCGGUGGGUCGGUCGGUUGGUUGGUGUUGAUACAGAGCCGUCGUCACGACCGAGGUAGCCGUAGAUGGGGAUAGUGGUGCUGGCCUGUUUUCUUGGUCGAUCAACCAAUAGUAUGCACCAGAAGUUUAGCGAGGAAAGACUUAUUCUCAAGCCCGAAAGAGCAAAGUGGCCAACCAGCAGGAAGCAGAGUGCUCUUAGACCAGUCCAUAUACUCGUUGCAUUUAGGAGGAAGUGCCCAGCAGAAGAAGUCGAAUGUGUUACAUGGCAGCAGCAGCAGCAGCGGAGGCGACGUUUACGCUCGAGUGUUGUUAUUCUAGCGGACUCUUGUCGACGGAAGUCAACGCGUAGUAGUCCGCCGACGAGUUCAGUGAUUCAGUGAAUGUGGAGCGCGAAACGUCAGUUUUUUUGGCAAUAUCGGGAGCUGCGAAAUACAAAAUCCGUUGUGCGUAAUUUGUGUGCUGAUGAAUAAUAUUAGAGAGCUCGCCGUUUUCGCGUGGUGCUAGGCAAGAAACCGUUGUUCUCCUGUCCGAUUGGAAGAAAAAGGUAAAAGCAACAGUCCGAGUUGUAGUGUCUGCCUGCAGAGCGCUAAGAGAGGCCAUACGACGAUUGGGUUAGUCAGUGGUAAACCACCCAAUAAGACGAAAUAAGUGUAGAAGUAUAGUGAACCGUUAAUCCCUGUGUGCCAAGUGUCGUAUUUUGUUUUGCUGCUAUACAACGCAGGCAUCUUCGUGCAGAGAAAGUUUGGAAUAAUGAGAUUUGAAUUUUACUGCUGCUGAUGGGCUUCAAUUUCCUGUGCCGUGGAGAAGAUUUAAAAUUGAGAUUGCAAAUUGACUACAGUUUGACAGCUUCUGAACAUCAACAAUAAAUCUAUUACCGUCAGCUGUCCAGCAACAAUCAUCUACAACGGAAUAUAGCAUAGCAAAACAACCCAAUCGCAGCCCGAAAAAAAAGAAAGAAAAACAUUUACCGUGAUAGUGAAACGAUUGUCGGUGCGAAAAAUAAAUCAUCCUCCAAAGUUCAUCGCGGAUGUCAUCGUAGCGUUCGGUUUAGUGUGAAGUGCGCGCGCGCCUAUUCGGAGUGAGCUCACCAGUUUGAUCCGAACAAACACGGAGACAGCAGCGGUCAGCAGCUGGCCUGCGGAGACGGAUGCACAUAUCCCUGUUUAAUCUACUGUUCGAAGAAGCGGCCAACGUUGGGCACGCAAACGGGCACACAUCGUCGUCAUCAUCGUCAGGAAGUGGCAAUAUGGUGAAAACGUUUCAAGCCUAUCUCCCGCCAACCAACCGAACGUAUUCCUGUGUCCACUGUCGGGCACACCUAGCUAGUCACGAUGAGCUUAUAUCGAAAUCGUUCCAGGGAAGCCAGGGACGGGCGUAUCUGUUCAAUUCGGUGGUCAACGUAGCUUGUGGCCAAGCCGAAGAACGCGUCCUGCUAACUGGCUUACACGCCGUAGCCGACAUUUACUGCGAAUGCUGUAAAACGCCUUUAGGAUGGAAAUACGAGCACGCUUUCGAAUCUAGCCAGAAAUACAAAGAGGGGAAGUACAUCAUAGAACUAGCUCACAUGAUCAAGGAGAACGGUUGGGAUUGAUCGCCUGGCCAUUGCUGUAAUCGCGUCAAAUAGAUUAGUCAAUAUUGGUAACAAAACGUAAGAAUCCCACAACCCAACAGUACGAGCUAGUCGGAAAAGAUGCCUACGGAAUGGCAACUUUUUCGCAAACUCGCAUCUACUUUCCGAGUCACAGUGUGUCCUAGUUCUGAAUUCUGUCUCCCCGCAAGGAGGUCCCCAGGGAGAGCCAACCGGACCAAACCCUGUCAAAAACGUACACGUGCGUAGCUGCUCUGUCAUUUCCUAUCUGCGUUCAAUCCUAUAAUACUAGUAGAUCUUUCUCUAUGACGUGUUCGUUCCAUUAACACUCACAAGCGCAUACUGCAUCGUCGUAUAUCGUCCGAAGUAUCGAACGGCGCCGUUAAAGCCGUGCAUUAGAUUGGGAUUAUUUUUUAAUUGUCAGACAUUCUUGAAACCAUUCUUAUUUUACCUGCGAGAACAACGUACACGAUUAAAGAGAAAUAUUAUUUAGUUUAGAUACCUUACUCUUUCAAGUCCCUUAGUAGCAGAGAAACAAAUAAAAAGGAAACGAUUGAGUUUCCUAAGCUAGCGAGAAGAUUAACACUAUUUUAUGGAUUAGUGAUGAGAUAACUACGAUCGAUGAGUGGUAGAGAAAGCAGAUGUAGAUGUAUGAAACGGUUUGAGUAACCGUGGAGAUUGGAGAUUGGGAUCCCCAGCAAUGAGACAGAGGAUCCGUGGUGGACGAUGAGUGAGGGCAGGAAGAAGGUACGCGAGAGAGAAAAUGCGAGAGUGAUAUUAGUUUUACGAAUGUUUCAAGUGAGAUAACAUUUAUAAUAAAUCGUAUUUUAGUCGAAAUAUACACGUCUAAGAAUCUAGCUUUAGUUCUACGAAAGGAAACAAAACUGAAAGAAGGAUGUUGAAGAAGACAUAAACUUAUGGUUUUAUAAAUCACAAGUCUAGAUAAAUGCAAUGGAACGAAUGCAAAAUAAAGCAAAAAAUGCAACUAAAAUAAACAGCUAUUGUAACGCCUGUCGCCGAGCAGCAGUACUGUUACUUCUGUUUCAGUUUUAUUCUUUUUGGAUAGCGAAUGUGAUCAAUACAUGUAUAAUAUUACGAUUAUUAUGUAUUUUUUUUAAUAAAACAAAAUAUUUUUGUAUUUCA